AUGGCGAAGAUGAUAGAUCCUCCGAAGGGCAAGGGAAACAGUGGGAAGCAUUACUACAUAAUGUGCGGGACGAUGUUUGAGAUCGACACCAAGUACGUGCCGAUCAAGCCCAUCGGAAGAGGAUCUUACGGGGUAGUUUGCUCGUCCAUGAACAAGGAUACGAACGAGAAGGUUGCGAUAAAAAAGAUUAACAAUGUCUUUGACAACCGUGAGGAUGCACUCAGGACGCUGCGCGAGCUGAAGCUCCUUCGGCACUUGAGUCACGAGAAUGUCAUUGCUUUGAAGGAUGUAAUGAUCCCAAUACAGAGGAGGAACUUCAAGGAUGUCUACUUGGUGUCCAAACUAAUGGACACGGAUCUGCAGAAGAUCAUCAGCUCGUGUAUAACGCUUUCCAAUGACCACUGCCAAUAUUUCCUAUUUCAGCUGCUCCGAGGGCUGAAGUAUCUUCAUUCAGCAGGGAUACUGCAUAGAGACCUGAAACCAGAAAACCUCUUGGUUAAUGCAAACUGUGACCUGAAGAUCUGUGACUUUGGUCUUGCUCGCACAAUUAACGCUAAAGUUCAGUCUAUGACUGGAUAUGUUGUCACCCGCUGGUAUAGAGCUCCCGAGCUGCUGCUCGGCUGCGACAACUAUGGCACCUCCAUAGAUGACUGGUCAGUUGGCUGCAUCUUUGCUGAGCUACUUGGCCGCAAGUCGAUCUUCCCAGGAACCGAUUGCCUAAAUCAGCUUAAGCUUAUAGUCAAUGUUCUUGGCACCAUGAGCGAUGAUGACCUUGAGUUUAUUGACAACAUGAAAGCUCGCAAGUACAUCAAAUCCCUUUCGUACGCCGACGGGAUUCCCCUCACUAGCAUGUACCCACAAGCGGACCCUCUCGGGAUUCCCCUCACUAGCAUGUACCCACAAGCGGACCCUCUCGCCAUUGAUCUGUUGCAGAAGAUGCUGGUCUUCGAUCCUUCCAAUAGGAUCAGUGUCACUGAGGCUCUGGAGCACCCCUAUAUGUCUACGCUGUAUGAUCCCGACGCAAACCCUCCUGCUCAGGCGCCCAUCGAUCUCGAUAUAGAUGAAAAACUCGGCGUGGACAUGAUCCGAGAAAUGUUGUGGCAGGAGAUGCUCCAGUACCCCUGA